AUGCCUGGAUCGGUUCAAAAUGCACUACAUUCAUUCUUUUUUGAUGUAGUUCUAACUUAUUCAACAGUAAAAUUAGUUAAAGUACCUCAUACAUAUAUUGCAAUAAUUCAUCGUAUUCUUCAAUUAAUUAUUUUUGCAUAUAUUAUUGGUUAUAUUGUUUUGUGGAAAAAAGGCUAUCAACAAAUUCAAGAACCUCACGGAACAAGUAUCAUUAAAGUUAAAGGAAUUGCAAAAGUUACUGGAAAUAAUUCAACUUUUUAUACAAGCGAUGAAACAANUGCAAUAAUUCAUCGUAUUCUUCAAUUAAUUAUUUUUGCAUAUAUUAUUGGUUAUAUUGUUUUGUGGAAAAAAGGCUAUCAACAAAUUCAAGAACCUCACGGAACAAGUGUCAUUAAAGUUAAAGGAAUUGCAAAAGUUACUGGAAAUAAUUCAACUUUUUAUACAAGCGAUGAAACAAAAUAUGUAUGGGAUACACCUGAAUAUGAAAUUCCACCGAUUGAAAAUAAUGCAUUUUUUAUUGCUACACGUCAAACAGUUACUUAUGGUCAAACACGAGGCCUAUGUCCAACUGCUUUGGCAGAUAAAUUAUUUUGUAAUGGUACGGCUACGGAUCCUUGUAAAAAAGGUCAACCAACACCAAAUACAUUUGGUUAUUUUACUGGAAAGUGUGUAGAAAGUGAAGAAAAUGCAACAAUGAAAGUUUGUCAAAUGGAUGGAUGGUGUCCAGAAGAACUUUCGUCAUCAAUAGAUUAUACGAUGGAUAGACAAGAUUUAGAAAAUUUCACAGUUUUUUUGAAAACGAUGGUAACAUUUACAUUAUUCAAAAAGAAUUUACGAAAUAUUCAAGAAAACACAAAUUUUUCAUGUCGAUUUGAUGGUACUGUUCAUACUGCGGAUUGUCCAAUAAUUCGUGUUGGUUAUAUUCUUGAUCAAUUGACUACUAAUAGAACAGCUCUUCUAUAUGACGGUGGUUUAAUAGAAAUUCGUCAAGAUUGGACAUGUAAUUUUGAUCGAAGUCCAAAAAAAUGUGUUCCAACCUAUGAAUUCUCUCUAUUACAAAGUGGUGAUGAUAAACUAUCACCAGGAAUUAAUUAUCGAUUCGUCCAAAAAUAUCGUGUCAACGAAACAAAUUAUCGAACUUUAUCUAAAGUUUAUGGUUUACGUUUUGUUAUUUCUAUUACAGGCAAAGGUGGACAAUUUAAUAUUGUCAAUUUAUUUAUAGCUAUUGGUUCAGGUAUUGGUUUUAUGGUGAUAGCUGGUAUAGUUUGUGAUGCAAUUCUUAUGUAUAUCCAUAAAUCUCGAGAAAAAUAUCGACGAGGAAAAUUCAGCGUGUGUGAAGUUGAUGGUACAGAUUCUGCUACAGCACAAAUUUUAAAACAUUCAGAGGCAUAA